AUGACAGACAACAAAAUAUCAAUUGCAGAUCUCUUGCAACUCGAUAAAGGGCAGAUUACUGGUGAAUCACAUGAUGCAAGUAUCACGGACGGCAUAUAUGCUGUUGUAAGAGAAGAAAUGUUCAUGGCGAUGGAGCAAGCAAAAAGAAAGCCAAAGAGCAGCAUUGGCGAGAACUUCUAUGAAAUAAUUCCAAAGACUGCGCUUGAGAAGAUGAUGUCAAGAGUACUUGACAACGAAAAGAUGAUCGAUAUUGAAAAGUUAAAGUAUGAAAAAAACUUCAAAGAUGAAUUUGACAGGAAAAUGAAGCGAAUCAAGCGGAUCAAGAGCAAGGCAUACAGGAAGAUCAGAAGAAUGAAGAAGCUUGCAAAUGAAUUGCAUGAAUCGAUUGAUACUCAGAAUAAAUGCCAAGAAAGUGAUGCACAUGAAAAGUCUCAUGAUGUACAAAAAAGAUCUUCUCGGGUUCCUGAUGCGUUAUUGAAAGAAAUAGAUGUUGAAAAGGAGAAUAAUGAGACAGAAAGGAACGAUACACCGAUAUUUAGCUUCGGUGGAGAGCAUGAAUCCACAGACAACAUGUGCAAGCAGGAGGAACUCGUAAGGCUUGCAUUCAAAGAAAGUGAGGAUGGGAAUGAAAAUGAAUUUGUGAAUGAAAAACAACAGAUUGUAAAUGAAGAGGCGCCAAGAAUAGAAGAAACAGUCCUUCCAGGAUGGGGAGACUGGGCCGGACCUGGGAUUGAAGUUGUCAAGACUGAAUACAACACAGUAAGGAAUGUGAUUGAGGGAGUGAAAUAUUGCAAUAGGAAGGACUUCAACAAGUCGCAUGUGAUAAUCAAUGAAAAAUCACAAUGCAUUGACAAAAAGUUCAUGGCACAACUUCCAUUUGGAUACACAGAAAAGGAUUAUGAGCAGAAGAUCGACAUGUGUGUGUCAAAAGAAAAGAAUACACUGAGAGUAUUCAGAAAGCUGGUAAAAUCCAGAUCUACAAACACCAAUGGAGAGGCAAUUAAACCGUUCCAUUAUGUGCCAGAAUAA